AUGGAUCUUAACGAACUGAAAGAAAUACAACAAAAUGAAAUUGAAGCCUUACAGGCAAUAUUUAUGGACGAUUAUCAAGAAGUUGUCAACAAAACUGCCUGGAAGGUUUCUCAGCCAGAUCAUGAAUUUAUUCUUCACCUGUGCCCAUUAGGUGUAGAAGAAAGCGAAGCACAUGCCACAGUAGAUCUCAAGGUUAGGUUUCCCAAAUCCUACCCUAUGAAACCACCCGAGCUUCACCUCAUUAACCCUCGUGGACUGUCACCCGGUGUUCUACGCCAGUUAACCACCUCAUUACAACAAACAGCAAAGCAAUUGCAAGGUCAAGAAAUGAUGUACGAUUUGAGCGAUCACGUUCGUGCUUUUUUGGCAAACCACAAUGCGCCUCCUUCCGCCAUAUCCAAACUCACCCUUCACGAACAAAUGGUCAUUCGAAACGAACAGGACUUGAAGGUAGAACGAGAGCGGGAAUUAGAAGAGCGAGAUAGAAAACGAAAAGAGCGUGAAGCCGAGUUACGAGUACAAUCAGAUAUGAUGAAUGAAAAGAUUCAACAGGAUUUAGAAAGGAAAAGAGAACAUGCAAGGGCAGCAAGACAACAGCGACAAGAAUUGGGUUUUACAGAUGGUGGUGAGGAUAUUGUAGAUGAUGAUUAUCAUCAUUCACAUCUAAAUGAAGAUCCUUCUUCUUUUAUGGAUACAACGGAAAUCAAGCUGAUCCAUUUUGAAAACCAAAUCACUUUACCUAUAUCUAAGGAGGAAUCUGGAGCCUUAUCCAAGAUAAUUUCUUUUCAUACUGUGGCAAUAGGUCCUUGUGUUGGUAAAGGCAUUGUCGGAGAAACAUUUUCGGCUCAACCUGUAAAUUACCAGUUGACAGAUGGUGGUACAGAAGACAUAGAGAGUUUGCCAUGCUUACUGGCGAUAAAAAGGGGUGGUAGUCUAUACGACUUGUUAAAAAAAUGUGGCGGCGGAUUACGGCUGGCGAUCAUUCGAAAAUACAUUAAGCAAUUAUUGUGGGCUUUAAAUCAUAUUCAUUUAAAUGGGUUUGUGUGCAAAGAUUUAAAUAAAUCCAAUUUCCUGGUGGAAUCGGAGGACAGAGAAAAUAAAGUAUCAGAUCACACAUGGCCGUCACCUGAGUUACGUGAACGUCCAGGAGUUUAUGGCCGCAAGAACGAUAUUUGGUGUCUUGGUGUCGUAUUUAUCGAAAUGCUUUGGGGAGUAGACGUCACAAAGGAAUUUGGCGACUUUGAAGCAUUUAUGCGUACUGCUGCUUCCGAACUACCUCCUGUUGCAAACGAAUUUGCUAGACGUAUAUUAGAGCCAGACCCAAAAAAGAGACCCACAGCAAUUGAUCUCAUGAACGAUCCUUUUUUUGCUGGAGAUAAUGAGUCCAUGAUUGCGGAGCAAGCAGCCCCACCUGUCUUUUCCUCCAAUGUUGCGCCUCACAUCAAUUCAAACAAUAUAGUAAAACCAUCUUCACCUCAGCUUUUUGAGCCUUCCAUGGCCGUUAACCACGACUUUAACAAAUCUAUAUAUCCACCCAAUAAUCAAGCUUUAGCCAACAAUAACAACAGUAGUGUUCAACUCAUUUCGGAUACGUCUGUUACAACCAACAUAAGCACUUCACGUUAUAAAGCGGAUUUCGAAGAAAUCGAGUUUUUAGGUAAAGGAGGUUUUGGAGAAGUCAUCAAAGCCCGCAAUCGAUUAGACGGCCGCCUUUAUGCUAUCAAGAAGAUCCGUUUAGACCCCAAAGACAGUGAGGACUUACGAAAAAUUUUAAGAGAAGUGCACUCAUUGUCCAGUUUGCAUCAUCAAUACGUUGUGCGAUAUUUUGCUACCUGGUUUGAGGAUGAAGAUGGAUCUGGUUAUAAAGACAGCGAUGAUGAGAGUUUUUCCGAAUCUGAGUCAGAUUAUGAUGACGAAGAGGAUGAUGGAGAUGUCAGUGCUUAUAAACAACAACAGCAUGAUUUUCUUUCUGUAGAUCAACAGUCUAAAAGUAAAAGUAAAAGUUAUUCAGCUAUUCAAUUUGACGACGAUGACGAGAGCUCCAGUGAGGAUGAUGAUGAGGAUGGAGAUUCGACACCGUAUGAAGGAAUUGAUGACGAUGACGAUAAUGAUUUUAUCUCCUUUGCUGCAGAGACAACAGAGAGCGACGGAGCAACAACAGAUACGGUAUCUACAAAGAAGCCUAAGCUAGUUCGCACAGCGUUAGAAAAUCUUAAAAAGGAAAAGAGUUCUGAAAGUCAAAAGAGGUAUCAAUGUCGCACACGAGUCCUAUACAUCCAAAUGGAAUAUUGCGAGAAAAAGACUCUUCGUGAUGUAAUUGAUGAAGGAAUUGAUGAGCAGGAAGCUUGGCGUUUAUUUCGUCAGAUUUUGGAAGGCUUGGUGCAUAUCCAUUCGCAAGGCAUGAUUCAUCGUGAUUUGAAGCCUGCAAAUAUUUUCUUGGAUUCAAACAAUGAUGUUAAAAUCGGUGACUUUGGUCUGGCCACCACUAAUCAAACUUUAGUAGAUGGUGCAGCUCUCUCUAAGUUGUCAAGUCAACAUCGUGUAAAUGACCGAUUUAGUGCGAACCCAUCUUCCUCUCCCGCCGAUAGUUUAUCUGCCAGCUAUGCAGGUUACUCUGUUUCAAGUGCCCAUGUUGGUAUUGAUGAAAGUAUGACAACAGGUGUUGGUACAACGUUCUAUGUAUCUCCUGAGGUUAUGGUAGACCCUACUACGGGCACGACAUCGGGGAUGCGAUAUAAUCAAAAAGUGGAUAUGUACUCGCUUGGCAUCAUCUUUUUCGAAAUGUGCUAUGAUCUAUCUACCGGAAUGCAACGUGUGAUUGUCUUGAAUGAGCUCCGUAAUGGAAAGUUUCCUGAAGACUUCCCAGCACAUUAUGUCAAUCAAAAGAAGAUUAUCGCUAUACUCUUGUCGCCUCAACCCAAAGAUCGACCCAAUAGUUUCGAGUUGCUACGUAGUGAUCUUUUACCCCCCAAACUAGAAGAUGAAUAUAUCAAGGAAUGUGUUCGCACUAUUGCCAACCCUAACACGCCUUAUUACGAUAAACUCAUGACAGCUAUGUUCUCCCAAUCCGCCGAUAGACAUAAGGAUUUCACCUAUGAUUAUCAAACGAAUGCAGAGACCACCUUUGAUCCCUUUAGUCAUGUAUUCUUCGAUCAUAUUAGAGACCAGAUGACUAAAGUAUUUCGCAGACAUGGAGCCAUAGAUGUAUCUGCACCAUUGCUGAUACCCAAAAACGAUCUUUAUGAAUGGAACUGGAAGAAUCCUGUUUAUCUCAUGGACUCACAAGGUGCUUUAAACCAAUUGCCCUAUGAUCAAACCGUACCCUUUGCAAGAUACAUUGCACGUCAAAAGGGAUUUCCCGAAUUAAAAAGGUUUACCUUUGACAAAGUUUAUCGAGAAAACCAAAGCGGAGGACAACCUGAAGCAGUCCUGGAAGCAGAUUUUGAUAUCGUUCACAAGGAAACCGCUCCUAUGGUCCCUGAUGCCGAAGUUUUAAAAGUGGUAGAGGAAGUAUUGGAAGAAUUACCACCUUAUAAAAACGGAGGAUUUUAUUUCAUGAUCAACCACACAGGAAUAACAGAUAUCAUCUUGGAUAGUUGUCGUGUCCCGCCCGAUAUUCGAAAAGGUGUGCUUGUUGCGCUUUCAAGUCUAGGUCGUGCCCCAUCUUUUGCAGCGGUGCGAAAUAUCCUCAAGUUAAAAUAUCACCUGCAAAGAAGCGUAUUAGAUGAAUUGUCCAUGUUCAAUGUAAAUGGUGAACUGGAAUAUAUUGUGAAAAAGAUCGAAGGCUUAUUACCACCGACCCACAAAGCGAAAUUUAGGGAACAUAUCAAUGAUUUGCGUACAUUAAUUUCUGUGAGUAAGCAUAUCGGCAUUCACCACAAGAUAAUAUUUCAUCCUUUAUUAGUAUACAACAAUCAUUUUUACAAGAAUGGGAUGGUAUUUGAAACAGUAGCGGAUACAAUUGACUCAAAAAGAAAAGACGUGCUGGCUGUAGGAGGACGUUACGACUGGCUCGUACAACACUUUGCCCAUCCCAACGCCACAGCUAACCGUAAACUACGCGCCGUCGGUGUCAAUAUCGCGGUGCAAAAGCUUAUUCGUCAUUUGGAUAUGCACCAGUCAGAGCAAGUAAAAUAUCUUAUGAAAGCCAAGAACGAAAAAAUGCGAAGUUUUGGUCUUUGGGCACCGAAACGAUCCGAUGUCUAUGUUGCUAGCUUUGGUAAAGUCCUUAUCCAAGAACGUCUUGAAAUUGUUAAAGAGUUAUGGAAUCAUGGUAUUCGUGCAGAAUUUCAAUAUAAUGAUGGCGAUUAUUUAACACCAGAAGAAUUGGUUUCUUUAUGUAAGAAGGCGAGUAUAAAUUGGAUCGUAAUCAUCAAACAUAAAAGUUCAGAGAGCAAAUCAAGUAGUGAUUCAUCUACCGCUGUUAAAGUGAAGGAUGUCUUGCGUCGUACGGAAACUGAAGUGAGUAAAUCGGAUCUCAGUAUUUGGUUAUCCAACGAGAUUAGUGAACAGAUGAGAGUAGAUUCUGUGGCAAGAGUAAAGAGCAAACAUGACUUAAAGUCAAAGGAUACAUCAGAUUCAGGUUAG